AUGGAGCAUACGGAAGAAGAUGAUCAGCAUCAAGUUGAAUAUUUAGAGAAUCCAGUCAAAUCGGAAAACGACAAAAAGGAUUAUAGGGUCAUAAGAUUAAUAAAUGAUUUAACAGCUCUGCUUGUAUCGGAUAUAAAUUUAAAAACAGAUGAUUCUCAAAAUAAAGAGGACGAGAGAGAUGAAAAAAAGGCAGUAUGUGGCUUAUGUGUGGAAGUAGGAUGUUUCAGCGAUCCAGACAUUCAAGGCGUAGCAAAUUUAUUCAAGCAUAUGGUUUUCGUGGGAUCCGAAAAAUACACAGAAGAAGAAGGUUUUGGAACAUUCAUCGAAAAACGUGGCGGAACUGUUUGCGUUUCAACAGAUAGCGAACAAACAACAUUUUACUUUACUAUUCAAGAAAAAUUUUUGCUUCCUGCUCUUGAUCGUUUUGCACAAGGCUUUAUUAAACCCUUGAUAAUGAAUGAUAACAUUACACGAGAGAGACAGAACAUUGUACAUGAGGAUAUAUUGGUACAUUGUGACGAGAGUAAGAAGGAGCAACCGUUGUCCUCUGCGCAAACCGAUGCAGUCAAUAAGUAUAUUCGAAACAUUUCUAUGAUGUGUAGCAAUAAUAUGGAUGAUAAUAAAUUGUGCGAAGAAUUGCACAAAUUCAGAAAUCGCUAUUACAGUGCUCACAGAAUGACAAUUGCUAUACAGGCUAAAUUUCCAUUGAGCACACUGGAAAAAUUCGUUACGAAAUGCUUUGUUGAUGUACCAAGUAAUAGGUUAUCUCCCGAUGACUAUGUUAAUAGUGUUUCUUUUGAUACUCUCGAAAUCGAAAGAGUAUUUAUGAAAACAAGGUCUCAUUUAUCACAUGUGAUGGUUAAGCAAGGUGACGAAGUAGAAGUAACAUGGACAGUGCCUUUACCAUCCGAUUUUUAUUAUAGUAAACCUCAUGAAUAUCUCGCAUGGAUUAUUAGGCAUGGAGGAAAAGGUUCUUUAACAAGUUAUCUACGCAACAAAAUGCCAAAUUGUAUAAGUUUAGGUGAUAAUGUUCAAUGUAGCAGUGAAACGUUCUUAAAAUAUAAUUGUAUAUAUACUAUGUUCAAGAUUACUGUAGUGCUCUUCUGUGAAAAACAAGAACAUUUGAAGGAAGUUCUAGAUGCAAUAUUUUCCUUUAUUAAUUUACUAAAAAAAGAUGAUCCACAUAAAAGGACUAUUUACUAUGACAUUUAUAAGAUAAUGGAAUAUAAUUUUAGAUUUAUUAACGAAAAAGAUUCUGUGGACUAUAUAGUAAGUUUGUGUAAGGGUAUGCACUUUUAUCCACCACGUGAUUAUAUAACUGCAAAUGAACUUAUUUGUAUUAAGUACAACCUAGAAGAUAUACAAAGCUGUUUGAAUUAUUUGAAGCCAGAGACCGCAAUUAUCACUAUUUUGCAAGAUAAGCCUCGUCCUUUGACUUUUGAUCAUAAUGAAGUUCAGUCCCAUGUAAAUAGGAACAAAAAGGAACAUUUAUAUAUUGAAAUAUCAAAGGAUUAUAUCGAACAUUGGAAAUCCAUUGAUCCGUUGCCAAAUUUUCAUUUACCAUUAAAGAAUGUAUUUAUUGCCAGCGACUUCUCUUUAAUACCGAUACCAGAGAAAGUUCCGAAAUAUCCUGUAAAAAUAUACAACGAUCGCAUUUCGGAAAUUUGGUAUUGCCCUAAUCUCAAAUUUCGUUUGCCGAAAUGUUAUAUGAAUUUCCAAUUUGUUUCCUCUAUAGGAGUUCAGUCGCCGAAGAAUGCAGUUAUUAUGGAAAUGUACUGUCAUGCAUUAAAACUGCUUUUGUUCGAAGAAUUACAUCCAGCUGUGGUAGCGGGAUUUGAAUAUCAUAUCUAUACCAGUCAUAAAGGUAUUAUAAUAGAAAUGAACGGGUUUAGUGAGAAAUUGCCCCUCUUGUUGAGAACUAUUGCAAAAUCCAUGGUUGACUGUCCAGCACUUGUUACAGAAUCUUUAUUUGAAUGUUGCAAAGUGCGACUAUUAGAUGAGGGAUAUUAUAGCAAGGCAUUUAUGAAUCCAUUUGUUUUUAUCAAUGACGUGAAAUUGUCGAUCUUGAAGCUUAUUCAUUAUACAUACGUCGACAUGCAUACUGCUCUAUCUAGUGUAAAUUUUAAAGAAUUCCGAUGCUUUGUGAAAUCCUUUACCGAUCAUUUGUACAUCCAGUGCCUCGUGCAAGGUAACAUAACGCCGGACGAUGCACUCGUAACUAUACGGGAAUGUCUCGAAAUAGUGAAUUGCGGUCCCUUGCUUAGUAAUACAUUACAGCAGAUGACAGUCAUCCAAAUACCUUUGGGCAUAAGCUGUUGCAAGUUAAAAAGUUUUAACAAAACUAAUCGAACUUCUGUAGUAACAAAUUAUUAUCAAGUUGGUAUCACGUCAUUUAAUUUAUCGGUAUUACUCGAUCUGAUGAUGGAAAUAAUGAUUGUAAUGAUACGCAUUUGGGUAGUACAUGAAAAACUGCAGUUUGAAAUUGCCUCGUGCAAUUGUGACUACAUUAACGGAGUUUUAGGAUAUUCCAUUACCGUUUAUACUGAUGCAAAUAAAUACACAACCGAGCAUAUGGAUCAGAAGAUCGAGGCAUUUUUGCAAUUUUUUCAUAAGAGAAUUUUGAAAGAUUUCUAUGAUAUAAAUUUGGAUGAUUUUAAGAAGAGACUAAUUGCAGAAAAAACAAAUCAAUAUUUCGAUAAUGUUCUUAGUGAAGAAGUUAACAGAAACUGGAGUGAGAUAAUAUCGGGGAAAUACGUUUUUGACAGAUACGAGAGGGAAAUGUUUGUAAUGAAGGAUAUAAAGAUCAAUGAUCUGAAAGAAUGUUUUGCAAAGCACACGGAGAACGGAAGUAAUUUUAGAAAAUUAAGCAUACAUGUAGUAGGAAAUGAUCCAGGGAAUAUUGCGGUCGAAAAAGAAAAUAAGUACUUUACUUUGGAAUAUAUAAACGACGAUCAGCAGGAAAUUGGAGAUUAUCGCAUUGUUGACGUAAAAGACUACAAGAAAUAUCUUUAUACCUAUCCCCUUAAAGCAAAGAAUAACUAA